UAAAAUUCUCGGAAUUCGAUAGUCCUACACAUGCGGAUGCAGUACGUUAUUUACGUAUUCCGGGAUAUAUUAAAGGGAACGGGGGAAAAAUCUUAGGUUGGCUCGUACCAACGAUGGUCGAUAUCGAUGCCUAACAUCUCAAAACUAACCGAGGUCGUCCUUCAGGCGCUACCUGACGAGUUACCGUUACCUAGUGCGGUGGAGACAGCGGCAGGAGCUCAGGCAGUCAACCGGAGUGCAGUCGCAGCGCUUGCCUUCUUGUUCUACGACAUCUGUUUAACAUUCGACGAAGAAGUUGAACUUUUCUGGCCGCGUAAUUGGACAUGGAUGAAGUUCAACUUCUUCUUUGUUCGUUACGUGCCCCUCUUCGUCCAAAUACCUCUACUUUUUGUCGGCACGGAACUUACUCCGCAGUUUCAUUUCACCAGUCACGAUUGUUUCAUAUGGCAGGUCUACCAAGCAGUUGCCUCAAUAUGUAUUAUCAUGUCAUGCGACUUCGUUCUCCUCUCACGAAUAUACGCUCUCUACUUUGCCAAAAAACACAUUCAAAGACUCGUUUAUAUUUGUUACGUCCUCGAAAUUUCCGGGAUGUGUGUUGGCUUGGGCCUCGCUCUCCCUGGGGUCAAGUUCGACGAACGUUGUACUGUCCUACUCGUUCCACCCGGUCUCCUCAUCUACGCCGGUGCUUCAAUCGCUUUUCAAGCCCUUCUAUUCGCCCUGACGCUCUACCAAUUUCUAUCCGGAUUACGAAUGGGUUGGGGGAACGUUCCGAUUGUAAAGUUAUUGAUGAGAGACGGAACAUGGGCCUUCUUCCUCCUAUUCAUUGAGUUGGUUGCCGAAGCAUCGCUGUACGGAUUGAAGAACCACGCGUUCGCCGGUGUUCUGUAUUCAUGGCUUUUGACAGUCUACUCGUUUUGCGGAUACCGUAUCCUCUUCAACAUAAACCAUCUUACUAGGACACCCGAUGGCAGCCUUGUCAGUGGCACGAGCGCAACGAUUUCGAACAGUUUCCAGUUUACCAGUCAAUUUCAGCAAUCAGAUGUGUCAAAUUCUUUUGAGCUUAGGCCGUUGUCUCCGCCUCGAGUGCAAGUGGUGCCUUGAACUCGAGGAAGUGGAAACAGCGUUAUGUGCAUGUGGACACUCUUAUUUUGGGCAUUUUAGGGUUUAGUUGUACUUGUAUCUCAUUGGGACAUUAGGGACGGACAGACAGGGACUAGCAAUUACUGUAUUUUUACGAUUAUACCCCACCUCUGC